AUGUCGACGUGGGUGUACCUAGCAACUAAGGCGGAUCUGAUCAAGUACGCAAGAGAGUUCGGAUUAGACACAACAGGAAAAGUGGAGGAGCUAAGACAGAUACUGUCAGCAUUCGCAAAGAACCCAAACCACACGGAGACGAUCAUGCAAAGACUAGGAGUACUAACAGAGAAGCACAGGAAGGAAAAAGGAGCAACGGAUCAGAACAGCACACCAGCGGAGGAACUCAACACGAUGGCGAACCAGAUCGACAUACGGGUCAAACAAACCAACACCCCACCACGGCGGGAAUCGGAAACUCCAGACAUACCGGACAGAAAGGUAGAAGUGGAAAUCUUAGACCGAGUAAGGAGUUGGGGGAUCCGCUACCAAGGAGCAACCAAUCCCUUGGAAUUCAUCAGCAAGAUGGAGGAAUGGACCAAAGGCUACGGCAUACACAAGGAUGCCCUGAUCCAGACGAUGCCAUUCAUCCUAGAAGGAGUAGCAGUGGACUGGUGGAACACCACACCGAGCCAGAUAAGGACAUGGGAGGACCUCAGGGAGGAACAGUUAGAAUAUUUUUUGCCACCAAGAUAUCAGGAACAGUUGGAAACACAAAUCACUCAACUACGGCAGCGAGAAACAGAACCAACAAGGGAAUACGCAAUGAACCUGAGGAAAAUAAUGAGAUUUACAGAGUAUUCAGAAGAGACAAAGCUGGACCGAAUAUACAGAAACUGCAGAAGUAAAAUAAAGCUCUACACGAGACGGUCGGGAUUUAAAACAUUGACAGAAUUCCUGAGGAAACCAGAACUUUACGUCGGAAAUCUGCAUAAGAUGCGGAGGAACAGGGCACGCCGCAAGAACCUGCACAAACCCCCCAAGACUGUUUUGCUGGGUAUGCGGCAGAAAUGGAACAAGAACAACGGAAUGUUGCCGAGCUGGAACGGGAAACGCCAGAGGCCUGAGCAGGUAACGCUGGUAGCUCAGGACCAAAAACAAAUACCAGCGACAGGGGAACAAUUAAGUUGUGACGGAUUCCAAAUAUUUGCCACGGUAAAAAUCGGACCAGUAAAAGCAAAAGGAACAGUGGACACAGGAGCGUCACGGAGUGUGAUCAGCAAGAGAAGAUACAACGAAUUGAGAAAAUAUGGAAAAUGGAGGAAGGAAAGGACAGAAAUAACAUUAGCGAACGGAUCAAAGCAAAGAUCGGAUGGAGACUUUACUACCAACAUACAGUUCGCAGGAGAAGAAUUCGAGUUGGAUUUCCUCAUCUUAAACCAGGUGACAGGAGGAAUAUUAUUAGGAAUAGACUUUCUGGCCAAAACACGCACAAGAAUCCAAUGCGGCAAUCUGGAAUUAGAUAUCACCGAGGCAGAGACAACAGAAGGCGAAAUAGAACCCGAGCAGAGCACAGACGAUACGGAACCGACGGAGGAGGAAAUCAGCAAAUUUCUGGAACAACAAAGGCAAGUAUUCGAGGGAAUGAAGGGAACCAGUAAUAUCACGACACAUAAAAUUUACAUGAAGGACGACAGACCGGUAAAACAACGAUACUACCCACUGAACCCGAAACAACAAGCGAUAAUAAAUGAACAAGUGGAUGAAUUGCUAGCACUAGGGUUGAUUGAACCAUCACACAGUCCAUACAGCGCGCCAGUAGUAUUGGUAAAAAAGAAGAACAACGAGUGGAAAAUGUGUGUGGACUAUCGGCUGUUGAACGAAAGAACGGAAAAAGACGCCUACCCUGUACCAAGGAUGGACUUUAUAUUAAACCAGCUAAGAGAAGCAAAGUUCAUAAGCACGCUAGACCUGAAAUCGGGGUAUUGGCAGAUACCAAUGGAAGGUCUCAGUCGACAAUACACAGCGUUCACAGUACCGGGACGAGGCUUGUUCCAGUGGAAGGUCAUGCCGUUCGGACUCACGACAGCACCAGCCACAUUCCAGAGAGCUCUAGACAAGGUCAUAGGCCCAGAGAUGGAGCCAUUCGCGUUCGCAUACCUGGACGAUAUCGUGGUAAUCGGAAGAAACAAAAAAGAACACUUGGAGAAAUUAAGAGAGGUUUUCAGAAGGUUGCAAGCGGCAAACCUAAAGAUAAAUGCAGAAAAGUGUCAUUUCUUCCAAACCGAGCUAAAAUACUUGGGACACAUUGUAACCGACAGAGGCAUCAGGACGGACCCGGAGAAAGUGGCAGCCAUUCGAGAAUUACCAGCCCCAAAAGGCACUAAGGAAGUACACAGCUUUUUAGGGAUGGCAUCAUGGUACAGGAAAUUCACCCCAGGGUUCACAGAGAAAGCAAGCGCCCUACAAGAACUGGUAAAGAAAGGAAAAAAAUUCGAAUGGCGGACAGAACAUCAAGAGGCGUUCGAGAAGAUUAAAGAAAGUUUAACAAUGGCACCAGUACUAGCAUGCCCAGACUUCACCAAACAAUUCAAACUACAAACGGACGCAAGCGAGCUGGGGAUAGGAGCAGUAUUAACCCAGGAAGACGCCGAGGGGGAACAUGUCAUCUCACACGCAAGCCGAAAGCUGAGCAAGGAAGAGCAAAACUAUAGCGCCACAGAAAAAGAGUGCCUGGCAAUCUACUGGAGCAUCAACAAAUACAAAAUGUAUCUGGAAGGAUACCGAUUUGUAGUGGUGACGGAUCACCUAGCGUUGAAAUGGCUAAACUCCAUAGAAAGCCCUUCAGGGAGGGUAGCCAGAUGGGCGCUCGGACUACAACCGUUCCAAUUCGAGAUUAGAUACCGAAAAGGAAAAUUGAACGCAGUAGCAGACGCAUUGUCCAGGGCCCCACCAGUAGAAAUAAAGUCCGCGAAUUGUCAGGGCGACUGGUUGAAGGAGGCAUACGAGGAGGCGCAGAAAGACCCGAGCAUCACAGAAUUCAGAAUAGAAGGAGAAAGACUCUACAAAAGAUGCGGGAGAGAAAGGGACAGACAACCAUAG